AUGCCAGCGCCCGGCCGGGAUGAGUCGCCGCAGGAACCGAUUCAAGCUCUCGCCGUGGUUAUGAAGCUGCCCAAGACGCGACACUCGACGCCAGCCAUGGAUUCUCUUCCCCUGUCGCAGUCCGAGUCGAACCUCACAUACCGGAGAUCAAACCCUUCCGCCGCAUCUUUAUAUGCAUCGACAUUAUCGCCGCCAGGCUCGCGCCCGAUGUCCCCGGCUGGUCGCAGCUCGCCGUCGCGCACCCUCUCAGGAGCUGUCUUUGAGCCGUCGCCGAGUCGGACGCUUGCCGACAACGCUGCUGACAAUCCUGGCGAGCCCCUCAAUCUUAUCCUUCAGUCCUUCGUCCCCCAUGUGGCCAUUUACGCGUCGAAGGACACAGAAGCGCUCAUCGGGGAGAAGGGCUGCAAGGGCGGCCUGUGGGAACUGUUGCGGCCGUUUGGAGAAAGGAUACAGGGCAAAGUCACCGUCAGAGACAGCAAUGGCGUAAGCCGGGCCUUCGAAGACUUUUCAAUUCGGUUCACCAAGUUCGGGGACGGUGUCGGGCACCCAGACCCUUCCGUCUCUGGAGCGAAACAGCCCACGUUGCAAGGGCUUGGUGGCCCCAAUGGCGUUCAGGAAAGCACCUCCAGAGACCGCAAGACGCUGGCAGAUGUGGAGGCCGUGGUCGAGCGACACCUAUCGUAUGCCGAAGAGUCGUCCCUUGGGCAACCGCACUACGGCCCUAUUGCGAGACCGGGACAGCAAUUGGAGACAGCAUCUCCCUACUAUGCCCUCUAUAUGCGGCGGCUGCUAUCUGGGCUACCCGUUACACCCCACGAGACAUUCUCACAUCCAGUGGCAUGCAUUAUAGCCAUCAGCUCCAGAAACGAGGCUCCCAUUGAGGAGCUAAGGAGCUUGUACGCCGAGACCAACCAAGGGGAUCGUAAACUUCCGCCAUGGGUAGACAGCGAGUAUCUCAGGUACUACGUGCUGGUUCAUGACGAAGAGAAUGACGACAUUAGCAGAUCCAUGGCGCUCUUUGAGCAGAUGAAGCGACACCUGGGGUUGCACUGCCAUCUGCUGCGUCUGCGGUGCAGCCAAAGCGCGGAAACGGAUGACGAUAGCAUUCCCCUCCCACGAAGUGACUGGAUGUCAGCCGCUGAAGAAUUGGCUGAGCUGCGCAGGAGCGACAGCGAGGAAGAGUUCGCGGACCCUACCCGAUACAUCUUCGAGUCGGACGCCACGGCUAUUCGCACAUUCGUCCGAGAGAUGGUGACGCAGUCCAUCAUUCCGACGAUGGAGCGACACGUUUCCGUUUGGAACGACCAAGUGGCAUCUCGGCGUAGAGGCAUCACUGGAAGGUUCAUGAACCUGUCACGGAAAUGGGCCGGGUUCGGAGGCGGCUCUCGAUCGUCGUCGGGCGGCAGCGGUGGCGCAAAGGACAAUUAUGACACGUCGGGGUUCUACCGUGCAGACACACCAGAAGCCAUCAUGAGGAAACUCGCAGACUACGCCUUCAUGCUCCGUGACUGGAAGCUGGCUCACUCGACAUACGACUUGUUACGGUCGGACUUUAGCGAGUCCAAAGCGUGGAAGUACCACGCGGCGGCUAACGAGAUGGCGGCCAUCAGCCUGUUGCUGAUGCCACAAAGCCUAACUUCCAAGAGUCGAUCGGAAACUAUAGACCAGAUGCUCGAGUCGGCGUUUUACUCAUACGGAACCCGAUGCAGCGCGCCGUACGGGGCGACGCGAUCCCUCGCCCUCGGCCUCGAGCUUUUGCGCCUGCGAGGCGGCUCUCACAUCGACGACGCUGGGAGAUGGGGACUCCGCCUGCUCGAGUCCAAGAUGCUCGGCCGGGUGGCAGACGCUCUGUUCAAGGAGCGACUAGCCGUAUGCUACGCCUCCAGACCAGGCGUUGGCAGCUUCGGCUGGGGGAGCCGCCAUCGCAAGUCGGCUGCGUGGAGUGUCCUGGCAGCGGAUGCAUGGUGCCAACAGGCUAAGUACAUACCUGCGGAAAGGUGCUUGGCCGAUGCACAGAGGACUUAUAGCUCGCUUCCGCACAAGCGUGGCAUCAGCGCGUUCGCGAGCGCCAUGGAGUACAUGGCUUCCCUAGAGCACGAGCUGGCGGAGAAACUUCCGACAUGGGGAGGUGCGGCGAGGAAUGAGACGGAGGACGAGACAGACGAAGACGAGAUUGACGAAGAGAGCGAGGCCCUGACGGAUCUGCGGGCGCGUCGGGCAAGCGUGACGGCCCGUGCUGGAGUGCUGGAGACGGCGCCGCUUCACGGGGAAGCACGAGACGAGGACUCGGCGGCGCCGGCAGCCUCCGAAGGCUUCGACUGA